GCAGAGAUGAUCGAUGCGGCUGGCAAGUCAACACCAUAACAGCCUCUUUGUGUUGUUCAUCGGCUAACUCAAUGUUGUCAGUCUACUUUUGCGUGACCGCACAACGCACUGAACACAUCCAGAAGCUCGAUUUCUUCUAUCUCCACUCCGCCACCCUCUCUGUCCACUUCACAUCCCUCCUGAACCAUCCAGCCCUCUCGACCGAGGCACGCAUCCGCUUCCUCGAGUGGAAAGGCCGCUGGGAUCUCGCCAACUACGCUUCCCGCGGCGCCGCACCCUCCACAAAGAAGAACUCACCGACUACGUACCCAAGAAGCCCGUCCAAGGUUGGCAGGAUGUCUUUAAUCGAGUAGACGCGUUCGUGCAUCCUGAAGAUGGUGGUCAUGCACCGAGACUGAUUCGUGGUAUUGCUAAUGGC